AUGAGACAGCACACUACUUCCUAUCUCGCUCUACCUCUCUUCAUCAACAUUUUUCACAUACAAGUACCGACUUGCUUCUCCCUGACGCCUACAACGAAUACCAUACCUUGGACUUCCAAAGCCAUGCAUCACAUCCCCAUUGCCAGCUUAAGCGUGCUCGCUCUCAUCUCACCCGUCCUCGUCUCUUCGAAUGCGCCGCCGCAAGCUCCCCCACCCCAGCAACGAACCACACUGCGCCCUAUCAACAUCCUCGACUACGAGGCUUCCGUGGGACUCCAGCGCCGCGAUUCCACCGAUCUGUCCGUUUUGGUCCCCCAGAAUCACUCGGAGCUCGUGUACGGAAGCCCGGCAGAUGAUGGCCGGUUUCUCCUCGCCAACAUGACGCUUCAUGCCCCGGACGGUCUGCCGAUCGUCUUGCUUGAGCGCUUCGAGGAGCUGGAUGUCGAGGUGGACUGUCGGGAUGAUGAGGGCGUGUUGUCUUUGAUGUUCGGUUCGAGCGAUGCGUUUGAGUAUGCUAGAGAGAAAUGGGGUUAUGUCAAUAAGGUGGAUGAUGGGAAGUUUUUGCUCAUUGCGAAUAAAGAUGGGUGUGGGCCUGGUGGUCAGAGGCAGCCUUAUGUCAUCUCCAAUAUCACGGACGACACUGCGACGCUCAAUCUAUCUCUGGCUGCUCAAGCAGUCCCCUGGUCCGACGUUGGUGGCUCGUACGAGCUCGAUUUUGGCCAUGCGAUUCCAAUCCGACAGCCUCAGCAACUCCAAGGCCGGAGUUGGUGGGAUAACGCUAAGAAUGCUGGAAACGACGCCCUCAACGCUACCGAAGGAAACCUUGACGAGACCAAGAAUGCUAGCCUCCUAUUAUCUGCGGGACAGCAAAAUAAGCGAACGACUAUCUACACUGAUCCCGGGGCUGACUUGACCAUUGAUUGUACCAACUGCUUCAUGAUUGGGAGCCUCGAAGUCAUGGGUCAUCUCUCGGUUCUUGAUUUCAAUCUUCGAGACCUCAUCCUUAUUGCAUCCCCCAAGUCCGUUCUCGCAACCCUCGAGUUCGAAGCAAGUAUAACAGCCGAUUAUGAAUCAACUCCGCUAAAUUUCACCAAAGAGCUUCCUAGUAUCCCGAUUCCCGAGUUAGGGUUCUCAAUCCCCGAAAUAAUGACAAUAGGUCCCAGCCUGACCUAUACCGUCGGCGCGAGUGGCUCGUUCAGCGGUUCUGCAACGGUGGAUUUCGGACUUCAAGCUACUGUUCCAGAUAGCGCGCAGAUUGUUGCAGACUAUAGCAACUCUGGGGCGAGUACAGCGACAAACUUCAGUGGAGGCCAGCUGACACCAAAGUUUGACAUCAAAAACGGAUCGGCAUCUGUGACUUUGAGCGCCUUUUCCCAGCUGGGGAUCAAUUUCGGAGUCGACUUGUUCAAGCUUGGUGCCGUGACUGUCACAGUGACGGUCAAGUUGCCGGAGAUUAGUACGACGCUGACUGCAAAUUAUGACAAACUGGGCGCCUGCAGUCAAGGUGUCGGGGCUUCCAAGACAGGGAUCGAAAUUGACAGCAGGGUCAGUAUCGAAGUUGACUUGGAUAUGGACGCAAAGUUGCUGGACAAGGGGCCUUCUUGGUCGAAGACCCUGUUUAGCGACUCGAAGCACCUCUAUUCGCACUGCUAUCCGCUCAACAUCCCUGAACUUCUGCCGGAACAGAACGUAACAAGGGUACCAACGCUGCCUUCGGCACCAUCAGUAUCAGCAUUUUCAUCCGGGGUCCCAGCACCUGCAUCCCCCACCUGGGAGCUAGAACGCAGAUGGGCAAUUCUGCCACCAGGAGACAGAUGGGCACUCCGUUCAGCAUGGGUACCUUCGCUACCAACAGGCAUUCCGUCAAAAUCCGGUCUUCAAACCAAUUCAUCCUCCUCUAGUGGAAGGCCUGGUUCGGGUAGUUCAUCAAAUAAUGGGAUGACAUCGACCACGUCAACAACAGAACCGACAUCGACACUCACGACGUCUCUCACAAAUUCAAUCUCGGAGUCAUUACCAAUCACCCCUUCGACCACCUCAACAGUAAACCCGACGUCGACACUCGCUACGUCUCUCACAACCUCAAGCUCGGAGCCAUCGUCACUCCUGCCUUCGACCACGCCAAAAACAGGACCGGUGUCGACACUCGCCACAUCUGUCACAUCUUCGAGCACGAAGUCAUCAUCAAUUGCACAUUCGACCUUCUCGACAGGAGAAUCGAUGUCGACAUCUUCAAGCACAGAUUCAUCAAUGUUACCUUCGACCACCUCAACAAUAAAACCGACCUUGACACCCGGUACGUCUUCCACAUCUUCGAAGGUCGGACUAUCAUCAAUUCUGUCUCCAUCCACGCCAGAAAGCUCCACGAUGACAUCGACACUCACUACAUCUUCUACAUCUUCAGAAAUCGAGUCUUCAUCAACGUUUAUUUCGUCUACUUCGUCGAGCACGUCUCUGAAUUCGUUAACAACUAGUUCAUCAUCAAUCGUACCUUCGGUCACCCCAUCAUUGAGCGCACAAAAACCUUCACAUAGCACCGAAGCCGACGCAGCUGGUAAUAGUCCCGGGGUGACUCCAACUACACUAACCCCUUCCAAAUCAGCCUCAAAAGAGCACUUGAAGGUCCCAGUUCCCGCCUCAACUUCCGCAUCAUCGUCGCUGCUGCCAGAUCCUGGGGCCAAGACUGCUGUCAAUCAACCAAAGGUCACUCACACCCCAGCGGAGCCUUCUCCCAAGAUAUCAGCAAUUUUGCCUGCUCCAAAGCCAGAUGCUACCUUGUCGCCAAAGCUCGCCAAAGGAGCAGACAAGUCAUCGUCCAACUCUCAAGGGCACCCUAAGAAGCAUCACCAUUCGCGCUGA